AAUGGCGCUGUCGUAUAAACGACAAGAGUACAAUACGAACAUCAGCUACAUGGGGAAAAUCCGGCAACACUUACUUUGUCCAGAUUUAGCUUUUUUGAAAGCGGUUCCAGUGUCGAGUGUCGCACACAAGAGUUUAUACACUUCCUGCAUCGACAGUUCUGCUGAA